AUGCCUGUCUCUCGAUCUCGCUGCCAGGGGCAGCUGGAGCUGUGGGUGGACGUGUUGGCGCGGGCCGCCGGCACGCUGCCCAUGCCCCCCGCGGUGCCCUUCGCCCCGCCGCGGCCCUCGUCGUGGGAGCUGCGCGUCGUGGUGCUGGAGGCCGCCAGCGUCGUGGGUACGGAGCGCCUGCUGCUCAGCAAGGACAAGUCCUCUGACGUGUACGUCAAGGGCUGGAUGUCGGGGCUGGAGCGGGAGGCCCAGUCCACGGACGUGCACUACGCGUGCCUGAGCGGCGAGGCGCUGUGGACCUGGCGCAUGGUGUUCCGCUUCGAGCACGUGUGGCCCGAGAACCGCGUCGUCGCGGAGGGGGCGCAGGGCCGCCACCCGCCCAGGCUGCACCUCGCCGUCAUGGACUACGACACCUUCACCAAAGAUGACGUGCUCGGCACGCUGUCCCUGGACCUGUCGCGGUUACCCCGCGGCGCGUCGUUCGCUGCCAACUGCAGGGCGCCGGGCAAAGAGGCGCGGCCGACCGUGAACCUGUUCCUGGCGCGCCACGCCACUGGGUGGUGGCCGGCCCUGCUCGCGCCGGACGUCACCAAGGCCCGCGCCAAGGGGCUCGGGGUGAGUCCACACGGGCACCGCGAGUCAAAGCCGUGCUAUUUCCACCGCUUCUUCUUCUUCUUCUUCUUCUCGCCGGACUCGCAGGGCAAGCUGAAGUUGGAGUUGACCCUGCUGCCCGGCACCGAGGCGGCGCGCGACCCAGCGGGGGUCGGCCACGACGGGCCCCAGGCCCUACCCAAGCCGCAGCGGCCGGUGGAGGCCUUCUCGAUGCUGCGGCACCCCGUCAUGGGCCUGUACCACUUCGUGUGGCGCCGCCACCGCCGCAUGCUGCUGUGGGGCCUGCUCCUCUUCCUGCUCGUCGUGUUCCUGCUCGUGGCCGUGUACUCGCUGCCCGGCUACAUCGUCAAGAAGGCCAUCGGGGCGUGAGAGGACGCCGUGUCUUAUUGCAAUUCUGUUUUAUUGUUUCGACGUGACUGCCAUCGGCCGGUCUAUAUUAUUCGUAUAACGGAAUGCGGCCCUUUGUGAAGGGCUGAUGAAAACGGCGCAGCGAGAGACGCAGCGCGACCUUGAGCUCGCCGUUUGCAUGCACCCUCGAAAAACUUGUGUUAUAGAAUCCUUUGUACUUCGCUGUGCGAAUCUGACUGCAUUAUCGGCGUGUUGCCGUUUUUAUCCCCUGACUUUUGUGU